ACACUGCAUUGCAAAAGUCGGCGGACGUAAACAACGCAACCUUGUCGAAUUUUUUUCUGAAUUCAGAAAAUUCCGUUGAUAUUUCCCACAAAAAAAAUAUCCAUAUCGACAGUGUGGGAAACUCGGGCCGCGACAGCGACAAAACACAGAAAUAAUGUCGGAUUUUUGAUCAAUUAAGACAAAUUAGUUGCGUUCCGUUGAAAUCAACCAAUAUCCAUAUACGAAAUAUCAAUAUCCCAAGUGCAUGGAAUUUUGGCCAGCUCAGUCGACAAGAAGGCUAUCAAAAAAUAUUCCCAAACAAAUGUGUCCAUGCACAGCGGAUGAAUAAAUAGUGUAAUUAUUAGCAAAGAAAUACAACAACAAAAAGUGGAUACCAAAUAAAACAACAACCUACAACAACAGCAAAAAAAAAUGAAAUUAAGUGCUUUAAAAAAACAACAGAAACAACAACAACAAUUACUAAAUAAAACAUGAACAUGGCGGCCGCGUCUCGUUUACACAAUAACUCAAAAUUAAUUUAAUAUGCUGGCAAAUGAGCAAAACGAAAACUACGCUAAAAGGCCCUAAAUCGGAGGAGUAGCUCUUAAACCGCUACUGUUAGCAUCAUGGCUGCAACAUCUGCUGGCCAACAGCAGCAACAUCAGCAGCAGCAACAUCAGCACAAAUUGAAUAUGAUCGGGAGUGCUGAAACGGUUGCCAGUGAGAUGCACCUCCAACAACAACAGCAGCAGCAUCAACAGAUCCACAUGUUUAAGCAACAUCAGCACAUGUUGCCACUGCAUCAGCAGCAACAACAGCAACAUCAUCAGUUUUUCCAGCAGCAACAGACAAAAUUUGUAUCGCGGGUCGUUACAAAUACAGCAAUGCAACAGCAACAGCAGCAGCAGCAGCAGAUGCAACAAAUACUACCAGCUGGUUUGGUAAAUGGCAAUGGAAAUGGCAACAUGAUGCAAACAACAAAUCUGCAUCAGCAGCAACUGCAACAGCAGCAGCAUCGCAACAGUCAGCAUCAUAUAUUUGUCUGUCCAACAAGCAGCCCCCAAAUACUCCUUCAACAUCAGCAGCAGCAACAGCAAACGAAACUUCGCCAGGCGCAAAUAAAGUUGCCAGUAAAGUCAACAUCAAUUGUAGCGGCAGCAGCAGCAACGACAGCGGCAACUGUUGCAACUAGUGCAACUGCUGCAACAAUACUUGCCUCGCGUCAAAUGAGUCAGAACAAUCAGCUCUAUGCCAAGAAUGUUGCCAACAAAUCCAACACCAACAACACCAGCAGCAAUAGCAGCAACAUGAACAGGAAACAUGUCAACUACAAUGGAAAUUUGGCUCCAGGCUGGCGUCGUUUAACCAGCAACAAUGAAGUGGCCUACAUCAGUCCCACGGGAAAAACGCUUCGCACGCAAUUCCAAAUCAAGGACUAUCUGCUGACACAGGGUACCUGCAAGUGCGGUCUACCUUGUCCGCUGCGACCGGAAUACCUAUUCGAUUUCAAUGCACAGGUGCCCAACAUGCCAUUGAAGCUGCCAACAGUUUCUGCAGCCACAGUCGAUUCAGCAACAGCCACGACCACGACGACACCUUGCCUGCACCAGCGGCGAUUUCUUGAAUCUCAGAAGCAACAGCAGCAGCAGCAGCAGCAGAGUGUCAAAGAUGCGACGACGACAACAACAACGACAACUACGCUACCCGCCGUAUCCGUAUCUGUAUCCAUAUCUGGGCCAGCAGCUGUCAGUGAUGUGUUCUCAACGCUGAUGAGAACGGCGGCGACAACGACAACGGCAGCAACCGUUCAUGCAACAAUAACAACCACACCUGAAAUGGCCAACAAAGAAGCUGAUUGCCACAAAUACGGCAAUAACAAAUUACCCCCACGGAGCCAGGCCUAUGGAAUGGCCACGCCCACACCCACAUCCACGCCCACGCCCACGACUGUAAUGCAAACUAGUCACGCAUUAGCUGGAGGAGGAAUAGGAGGAACUGGAGCUGUCGCUGGAGCUGGAGCUGGAAUUGGAGUCCCUAAGCGCUCAGCCGGAGGACAUGUGAUAAAGCAGCAGCCAGGAGGAGCAGCUGCGCCUUCUUCCCUGCCUCUACCCGUGACGCUGCCACCACCCGCAGCACCACCACUGUUGCAGCAGCAGCAGCAGCCGAACUUCAAGGACGAUCCCGCUGGGUACAUGCAGCAGCAGACAGUCCUGCUGCACAAUACGCUGGGUGGAGGCCUGGAUACGGGCGCGAAAACCGUGACAGUGUCUGCCACAUUCACAGCCAGAGCACAGCCACAGGAGCCCAUUGUGCACAGCUCCCAGCAGCAGCAGCAGCAGCAGUUUCAACAGUUGCAUAUACAGCGUCAGAGGAUACGAAGGCUCUCGGUGUUUGGCAAGUGGGAAGCGGAAGCGGUGGGUGGCAAUGUCUCCACCAAUGGGAAUGCCGGACAGCGCACGCUGCAGGUGGACACGCAGGCCUUUGCGCGGCCACAGAAGCCACAGAUUACCAGCGUCACGGUGGUGCCACCACCCCAGGAGUCGCCCGUCUCCAGCAGUGCAGCUGUGAUGCAAGAAGCUGUGGAGAAGCGGCCCGAGCAAGUGGGCGCCAUCUCCACCAGUCACGAGAGUCCCAGGCAGAGCUUGUCCUCGCCCACAGACUCGCUGCUGGAUUCGGGCAAGAGCACACCCUCGCCAUCACCAAAGCCACAGCAGCAACAGCAGCAGAUGCAGAUGCAGCAGCCGCAGAUCCUGCAGAUGCGUACCCAAGCGCAAAUACAGGGACAGGUUACUGCGCCCGCUCCACAGCUGCGUGUGAUGCGACAGCAACAGCAGACUCUUGCCGGACAGCGGCUGACUGUGGCCAGCAGCAAUGCCGUGGCCACGAUGACGCGCAGCAUUGUGACCACCACGGCGGGCACUGGGAUCACGGGUCGACCGAUCACCACGCUGAGCAGCUCGCAGGCCGGAAUGGCGCAACUCCAAGCGAUGGCCGGACAAAUGGCAGGCGCCACGAAUGGCGGCAGUCAGCUGAUAAUGACCUCCUCCGGCCAGCUGCUGGUCAUUCCGGGGCCACAGCACAACAAGCAGGGGAAUCCGCAUUUGCAGCAGCAUCACCAGCGCGCGGGCAUCAUCCAGCAGCAGCAGCACCACCAGCACCAGGAGCUGCAUUCGCAGCCGGGAGGCGGCUACAUUGUGAGCCAAGCCUCGCCGGUGGGUGCAGCCACCUCCAGCAGCGGCAGCAGCAACACGGUGAUCCUCAACUCUGGGGCCAAGCUGCUGCACCACCAGAUCAUCACUUCGCAGGCGGGACAGAGCUCUGGAGGAGCUGCAGGAGCAGGUGGCCAGACUGUGCUGCUCAAUACGCUACCCAAUGGCGGCUACAUCGUCCAUCAGCAGCAGCAGCAACAUCAUCCACAGCAGCAGCAGCAGCAGCAUCUGGAGCAAGUGCGGGCCAUGCCACAUCCUGGGGCAGUGCCACCGCAUGGCCAGACGCUGAUCAUCAGCUCGCCAGAGUCCAAGCGGAGGCCGCGCAAGCGUAAGAGCUCCGUGUGCCACACGCCGCCACCGUCGAGUGGUGGAUCCCCCGCCAAGACGAUCUCCCCCCAGAUCUCGCCCAGCAUACCCAGCCAGGCGCCCGGAAUGCUGCACCAGCAGGCGGCAGCUGCCGCAGCAGCCGCUGCUUCUGCAUCUGCACCACAGUUCCAGCAGCAGUUCCAGCUGAGUCCCGGCAUUCAGGGCAUCGUCGUGAACAAGGCCAACUCCUCGGGUCCGCAGCAGACGCAGCAGCUGCUGCUGCAGAACGGCCAGAUCCUGCAGCAGGUGAACCUCAUCGGGCAGCAGCUGCUGAUGCCCGCGGGCCUGGUAAUGGCACCAGACGCCACGCUGCUGCAGAUCCAGAACAUGCCCACAACCAGCCUGAUGACGCCCCAGGGGCCCGUGAUGCUGCGCACGCCGUCACCACAGAGCAAGCCCUCCUUCAUCUCGCCUGGAGGCGGCGGCCAGCAGUACAUUGUGGGUGCCAAUGGCCAGUUGAGUCCCAUUGGACAGAUAUACUCGACGCCCAUGGGCCUGGUGAUGCCCACGGGGCAGCAGGGUGGCGGCUCCACUUUCGUGCAGGCGAGUCCCACGACAACCACCAUUCAGAUCCAGCAGCAGCAGCCAUCACAGCAGCAGCAGCAGCAUCAGCAGGCGCAGCAGAUCAGUCUGCAACAGGCGCAGGCCACCACCUAUCUGACGACAGACUCAUCGAUGGGUCGCCAGGGCACGGCGGCCAGUCCGCCAGACACCACCACAUGCAGUCCGAGCAGUCCGGAGCGACCGCCCAGUCAUCGGAGCACUGGCAGUGAUAUGGUGCAAUGCGUCUCCAGCUCGGAACCGGAUGCCGCUGUCUCCCCGCUGAGUAUGGAGAGUCGGCAGUCGCCAUCGUCCACAGAUUGUGAGAGGAGCUUCGGCAACAGCAGCAAUCUCUUUACGCAGCCAAGUGGAAUGUAUAAGCAUACGGAGCCAAAGAUACGACGCAUACACAUCACAUCGCAGGCGACGGCCGAGAACGGGAUGAGCCUGAUGGGGCAAGGUAUGCGUUUGGCCAACUCCAGCUCCCAUUCGAACAGCACAACCGCCUCCAUGCCCAUGUCCAUGUCCAUUACAUCGUCAUCCUCGUCGUCGUCAUCGUCGUCGUCCACUGGCUCCACUCAUGUGGCGGGGGCACAGGGCCAGAGCCAGGGCCAACGCCCAUUCAUGCACCUUCGACAGCCGCCAGUCGGGCAGCACAACAACAACAGCCACCAUAACAGCAACAACAACCACAACACCAGCACCACCACCUUCCUCCAUAGCCACAAAGUAGUUAACAUUGAUUACCAGGAGUCGCCCAGCACAACAGCAGCAACAGCCACGGCUCCAGCCGCCACAUCCUCCACCACGAUGCCGGAAGCCAAGACCAAAGCCAAGACCACACCAACGAAACGUUCGCGUCGCCCACAGCGCAGCUCUGGCCGUGGCACAUGCAACAGUGCCACUGCCACUCCGUUAAUGCCGCCACGAUCGUUUGCCAUUGGGGAACUGAUUUGGGGUCCGGCGCGUGGCCAUCCCGCCUGGCCCGGGAAGAUUGUCAAGAUGCCUGACGGCGUGUGCACGCCCUCGCAGCAGUUCGAUCACGUCUGGGUGCAGUGGUUCGGUGGCGGUGGCCGCUCCACCUCUGAACUGAUUCCCGUCAACUCAUUGCAAAGUCUCUCCGAGGGUCUGGAGGCGCAUCACAAGGCCCAAAAGGAUACCAGAAAGAGCCGCAAACUGAACUCGCAACUCGAGCGGGCUAUACAAGAAGCAAUGACUGAGUUGGAUAACAUUUCAGCCUCCUCGACACACACAUCCGUAGCCACAUCGGCGGCCGCAUCCUCAUCCGCUGCUUCUCCUCCGGCAGCAGGACCAGCAGCAGCAUCAGUAAUUCAGCAAUCGCCCCCACAGCCCUCUUCAACGAACAACAAAAUAAAUGGACUGGCGCGGAGCAAGCGGCAGCAGGCCAACACAAGUGGAGCCAGCAGCAUGGUGCUGACCGCCAGCACGGCAGCCACACUGAGUGGCCUCUUCAAUCAGCAGCAGCGAGCCAAGCCCAUACGCAUUGCACCCGCUCCACCAUCCGCUUCAGGGGGCAUGGGAACAGCCGGAGCAACAGUCACGAAAGUGACUUCCAAUGGAGGAUCAGAACUGGCAGCUGGUGGCAGGACAGAGAUCCUGAAGCUGGCCAAAUGACCAGCGCUGUCGGCGUUGUCGUCGACAGUGAUCACAGCGAACUAUACGCUCGUUAUUGGGCAUAAGUAGGGGGAAUUAGUGGAGUUCAGCUUGGCCUGGCCAUAUACUUAGUAUAUAUAUACUUACCGCAUAUGAAUGUGUAUCAAUGUACAAGUAGAAAAUCAGUUUAGUUAGAUGUCUUCCUCUGGCUCAGCUUGAGACAGAGUGUCGCUUUGGAGUUGGUUGUUUUCUAUUGUUUAACAGACAGACCCACAUGACUCCCUGCUUAGUUGCGUCGCCGGGCGGCGCUGCCACACAUUUGAAAUAGACAAUAAUGCAUCAAGAAAAUGUUAAUCGAAAUCAAGUUACAAAGGAAGGUUCUAACCAUAAGCGAGCGAUAGAUUUUGUUGCUUCUUAGACAGCGCUUCGGCGCAGAAUUUAAGUUGUUUUGUAUAUACAUAAAAUCAUUUAUAUAUAUCCCUUAUCCAUAACAGAUUGUACAUGUUAAGUAUUUAUUUAUUGCGUAUAGAUCUUAGGUUCAUAUAGGUUCUUGUUUUCGUUGCAAUUUGUAGACCUAACCACUAUUUUUAUAAAUAGGUAGCCUAAGAUGACAUUUUAGCCACUAAGUUCAGCACUGGAUAACCAUCAAUUACUCAAUUACGUACUUUUGACUUUACCAAACAAGUCCAUACAAAAACAAAA